AUGAAGUUCCAAGCAUUGCGUAGCAGAAUUCGAGACAUCGAGUUGAAAAAGUCUUUAAUCAUGGACGAACCAGGAGACAUGUAUGAGUUGUUCUCAAGAUGUGAAAAGUAUAUCAACUUGGUCGAAGUUCUUAUGGCCGAGAAAGAAGAUAAAACCGAGAAGAAAGCUCAGGCGACGAAGGAGGAGACCCCCCGAGAAGUUGGCGCAAAGCACAGUCGAGAUGACAAGGAUGGAAGGAAAAAGACAGAUGAUAGGAAAGCCUGGGUCCUCAAAGCCGCAGAUCUGGAAUCUGAGCCAGUUUAUAUGGCCCUGACUCAUAAUCGAGCACACAUAUUGAAUGAAAUUAAGGACCAGGUGACCCUGCGGUUGCCGACCAAGCUAGCGCAUGAGCUCAACAAGAGAAAAUAUUAUCGCUUUCAUCAAGAUCACGGUCACGAUACUGAAGAGUAUAGACAACUGAAGGAUGAGAUAGAGGCCCUCAUCCAAAGAGGACGCCUAGGCCGAUUCGUUAAGAAAGAAGGGAAUGACCGGAGGUCAGACUAUCUUGCUCGGGAGCCAGAGGGAAGACAAAGAUCACCCCCAGAGCUGAUAAAUAGGAACUACACCGAGAUAACCUUCUCCGAUGAAGAUCUGGCGGAUAUUCAAUCUCCCCAUGAUGAUGCCUUGGUGAUCAAGAUGGUUAUCGCUAACUGCACGGUAGGGAGGAUCCGGGUGGACAAUGGGAGUUCCGCUGACAUCUUAUACUAUGAUGCAUUCGAAAAGAUGCUCCUAAAACCCGAGAUGCUGAAAAGAGUGGAGUCUCCCCUAUACGGUUUCAAUGGGGCCCCAAUACAGGUGGAAGGAUCGAUUGAGCUGUUGGUUAUCAUGGGGACAGAACCCAAGCUCUCUACAGUGAUGAUGAACUUCCUAGUGGUAAAGGUAAAUUUCACGCAUAAUGGAAUAUUGGGGCAGCCAGGACUCAAUGCGCUGUAG